AUGCAUAGCAGCAAUGCCAGCACCCGUACGGCUUUUUACAAGACGAGAUCCAAGCUGUACGCCACAGUUCCCCAGGGGACCGUGGCGACGACGGUCGCACCAGACUGGCUCGCGAACGAGCUGGCCGGGCGCGGCAAGAUUUAUGCGGCAUGCCGCGACCGCAUGGUCAUGCACCUGAUGACGGCCGCCGGCGCCUCGGCGCCGGCCGACGCCGUGUUCAGCAGCCUCGCCGGCGCAGUGCUCGGGCCAGGAGUCUACGUCACUGCUGUGCUGCAGAAGGCACUGAGCGAUGCCCAGGGCCCAUCCAACAGCCCCAACCCGGCGGGACAAGCGAGAGACAUCGGUUACGUGGUGAGGAGUGGGCGGCUCGAGGUGGCAAGUCCUGUCCGGGCGCUCGUGACUGCCGCUGACAACCAGUGCGUGCACGCCUCAUACGAGUGGAAGCUCGAGCGGCUAGAUCCGCUCGAUUUUCUCCUCGUGACUGGUGCAUCAGCGACGAGAAAACCUGGCGGCCUCGCGCUUGAAUCGCCGGUCUUCCAAAUCCCGACGUGUGAAGGAGAGCUCGACUCGUGGAUGUUGCGCAUUUUCCCCAAAGGCAAUGCUGAAAGUGGCGACCACCCAGGCGUGGGCCUCUACCUCGCUGUCCCCACCACCAUCAAUCCUGAGCCGCCGUACGACGAAUUGUGCACCGAGCUUCAGCUUCGCUACCUCCACUUCACGCUGACUGUCGUCAACCAACGCGAUCCCAGCAAGAGCAUCGUGCGCAAGCUCCCGCACGCUGUGCUCGGUCGGUACAUGCGUGACUGGGGCUUACGGGAUAUACUGCAGCGCUCAGCGCUCUUUUCACCGUUUUCUGACUUUGUUGUUGGUGGGACCCUUAUCGUGCGUGUCGACGCAACGGUGCUGCCACUCGCUCUUCUCGAGGAGACGGUCGACAAGCGCGAAGCUGCACGGCGUGCCGCCGGGAGCGACGAGACCUGCGCGAUAUGUCUCGAUCCUUUGGAAGAGGCCGCGGGCCGAUUCCAACCUUUUCAUCUGCCGAGCACCGCCCGGCUCGAGCCUUCCAUUCCAAACAGCCAGUAG